AUGAUAUCUCUUUGUUUCUUAGCUGUUGCUGAGAGUGUCGAAAUAAAAGGGAUAUUUUCUAAGGUAUAUGACGACAAAAUCAUCAUGAUUGAUGUUAGUGGAUCUUCAAGACAACAUAUUAAUGGAUCUUCUGUUUUAACUAAACCAGAAUAUGCAAUUUAUCCAUGGAAUAAAGAAUACGAUUGGUGCUCAAACUGCUAUUAUCAAUACUCGUCACAUCCUUGGAUUUCUUUUUCCUUGAAAGGAAAGAAAUUCAAAAUCAAUGGCUAUUUCAUUCGUUGCGGUUGUUGUUACACUCGAUGCUGCUGUGAAGACGAGAAAUAUGGAUGCUUUGAUUGCUGCACAUACUCAUGGGCACUACAAAUUUCGGAUAAUAAUCAAACAUGGACAGAUGCUCAUAAAAUCGAGAAAGAUGAAUCAAUGAAACGAUGUAAUGAGAAAAGUUAUGACCUCGGGAAAACUUACACAGCUAAAUACGUUCGAUUAAUUCAACUUCAGCCGUGUCCAGGCUAUCCUCCUGCCAUAUCAAUUAACAGAUUUGAACUUUUCGGAGAAGUUGUUUCAGAUGAUUCACUAAAUGAAGAAAAUUUUGUUUCUUAUCAUGAUGAUGACGAAGAUGUAAGUAUUAUAGGGCAUAUAUCAAAGAAUGGAAAUGUACAAUUAAAUUAA